AUGGUGCUCGUUCCGGGACUGUUGCCGCCUUCGCGCGAGAAUUGGGUCAUCAUCAACAACAUCUGGAAGUUCUUCCCCGUCGCGACUGGAGUGCAAUGGCUCGUCGACUACUACCCCCAAGGCAAGACGUCGGUUGAGUCGCGCUUCAAUCUGCCUGGUAAAUGGGCCUGGGCUCUCAUGGAGGCCCCAGGCUUCAUUACCCUGCUCUACAACAUGAAGACGCUGCCCACUGAGCUCGGUCUGGGUCCCUUGCCCUGGGUCAACUGGACCAUGGCUGGCCUCUACUCUAUCCACUACUUCUACCGCUCCAUCCUCUCCCCGCUCUUCCUCAACCCCAGCAUGUCGCCCAUCCACCCUCUGGUCUUCGUCUCCGCCCUCGCCUGGAACCUCACCAACGCCCUCUGCCUGUCCGGCUGGCUCGCCGGCUAUGGCCCCACCACCGUCUAUGACUGGGCCGGCCGCCUCUACUGGAUUCAAGCCGGCCUCGUCAUCUGGGGUUGGGCCCUGCUAGGCAACAUCUUCCACGACGACGACCUACGCGAGAUCCGUCGUUCCGCGCUUCGUCGCCAAAAGGAGCAAGCCAAGAAAGACAAUAAGCCCAUCGAUGGUGUGCAGAAACUUUACAUGAUGCCUAAGAAUGGGCUGUUUCACUAUGUGCUGUUUCCUCAUUACCUUUGUGAGUGGAUUGAGUGGUUGGGUUUCUGGAUGAUCGGAGGCUGGAAUUGUACGCCUGCGAGGUCAUUCUUGAUCAAUGAGAUUAGUACCAUGUUGCCUCGUGCGCUGCAGGGAAGAAGGUGGUAUAUUCAGAAAUUUGGCAAGGACAAGGUUGGCAACCGCAAGGCUGUCAUUCCUGGCUUGAUCUGA